GUAGAGAGAGAGAGAGAGAGAGAGAGAGAGAGAGGGUCCCUCCAGAUCUGUUAUAAUUUCCUCUCCUUAACUGAAUAACAACGCCCCGAAUUCAGAUAAUUUAGGGUUUAGUGCCAUUGCUAUUCUGCUUUUUGCGGUUUUAUGAAAGGGCUUAGGAGGAAGAGGAGGAGGAGGAGAGAUCUGUGACCAUAUUAUUGAGAGAGAGCCAUGUUCACUCCUCAGCAGCAACAACCGACGAGGAAGGCUGGGGGUAUAUGGCCUUUCUCUCCCAACAGUAAUAAAGGGGGCCCUGUAACAAGGCUUGCUUCUCCUGACCCACCCAACAUAACGGGGAUUCUUCUUCAUGGUGGCGAUAAAGGAAGGGCAAAAGGAAAGGGGGUCUCUUCUUCAUUUCCAUUGCAAGAGGAGGAGCAGGCAACACCUCCUCCUCCACCUCGUGCUUCUCUUUUGAGUGAUGAGAAUGGUCGUCCCAGGCCCUACUCUUCGUCCGCUUCUGAAGUCUGGAGGCAUUUCAGGGAAGCUGGGAGCCUGGACCUAGACUCUCUUCAAAAGAAGGAAAAGGAUGCUUUACUCUCUCACCUUGCCAAGCUCGAGGACGAGCUAUUUGAUUACCAAUACAACAUGGGGCUUCUUUUGAUUGAGAAGAAAGAGUGGACUUCUAAAUAUGAUGAUCUGAAGCAAGCUUUAGUGGAAGCUCAGGAGAGCCUCAAACGAGAACAGGCCUCACACCUAAUAGCCUUGUCCGAGGUGGAGAAGCGAGAGGAAAAUUUGAGAAAGGCCUUGGGUGUCGAGAAGCAAUGUGUGGCUGAUCUUGAAAAUGCUUUGCAUGAGAUGCGUACGGAAUUUGCGGAGAUCAAGUUCACAGCUGAUAAGAAGUUGGCUGAAGCUCGCAGUUUAGUUGCAAGUAUUGAAGAAAAAUCUCUAGAGGCUGAAGCUAAACUACGUUCAGCUGACGCACAAUUGGCUGAGGCAAGUCGAAAGAGCUCAAACUUAGAAAGGCAAUUACAGGAAAUUGAGACGCGUGAAAGUGUACUUCGGAGGGAGCGCCAAUCCUUGAAAGCAGAGCGGGAAGCUCAUGAGACAACUUUUAAUCGAGAAAGAGAAAAUUUACGAAACUGGGAAAGGAAGCUCAAGGAAGGUCAAGAAAGGCUUGUAGAAAGUCAGGGACUUCUUAACCAAAGAGAGGAACUUGCAAACGAGAAAGAGAUGUUUCUGACAAAAAAGGAGAAGGAUCUUGAAGUGGCAUGGGCAAAGUUUGAAAAGGGCAAUUUGAAUUUGAAGGACAAAGAAGUAGAAAUGAACAUGCGGCUACGUAGUUUGACGGCGCAAGAAGAGGAAGCCGCUGUUAGGAAAAGGAACUUGGAUGAGGCGCAGCAGGAGUUACAUUUACUGCAAGAAAAACUUAAUGCUAGGGAAAAGGAGGGGAUUCAGAAGCUUCUUGAUGAACAUAAUGCUGUUCUUGAGUUGAGGAAACGUGAGUUUGAUAUCGAAAUGGAUCAGAAGAGGAAGUCCUUGGAAGAGGAAUUCGAAAAAAAACAAGUUGUAGUGGAGCAGAAACUGGUUGAAGUUGAUCUCAAGGAGGAAAAGAUCAACAAAAAGGAGCAACUGUUAGAAAAGAGAACAGAGAAAACAAAAGAGAAAGAGAAGGACUUGGAGUUGAAAACUAAAUCCUUGAAGGAGAAGGAGAAGUUCCUAAAAAUUGAACAAAAAGAUUUGGACACCGAUAAAAAGAAAAUGGUGAUCGAGAAAGCAGAUCUGCAUUCACUGAAGCUUGAACUUGAGAGAAUAAAAGCUGCUGUAGAAGAAGAGAAGGAGAAGAUUGUGAAGGAGCAGGAAAAUCUUAAAGUUACUGAAGAUGACAAGAGAGAACUGCUUCGUUUGCAAUCGGAACUGAAACAAGAAAUCGAUGAAUUCAGACUCCAGAAAUUAGCAGUUGAAAAGGAGAGAGAGGAUUUAAAGCUGGACAAGGAGAAGUUUGAGAGGGAGUGGGAAGUCCUAGAUGUGAAAAGAGAUGAAGUUAAUAAAGAGGUGGAACUCCAUAAUGUAGAGAAGGAUGAGUUUUUAAAGAGGAAAUGUGAAGAAGAACUCAAGUUAAAGAGAGAGGAACAAAAAACAUCAGAAAAAUUUCAGAGAGAAUACGAAGCUCUUGAGUUGCAGAAAAAUUCUUUCACUGAGAACAUGAAUCAUGAGCGAUCUGUCAUUCUUCAAAAUGCUCGAAGAGAACGAGAUGAUAUGAUUCGUGAGUUUGAGCUUCAAAAGAAUGCUCUUGAGAGUUCCAUACAGAAUCGGAGGGAGGAUAUGGAGAAGCAGUUUUUGGAGAAAGAGAGAGAUUUUCAAGAAGUGAGAGAAAGAAUGUGGAAAGAAAUAGAGGCCCAAAGGGAAUUGGCUCAAAAGGAAAUGGAAGAAAUGAAGCUAGAAAGGACAAAACUUGGAAGGGAAAGGCAAGAAGUUGCCUUGAGCAAAAAGCAUGUUGAAGGAGAGCGAUUGGAGAUACAGAAAGACGUAGAACAACUUCAUAUUCUGACCACAAAGUUGAAGGAGCAGAGAGAAGAACUUCGCAGGGAGAGAGAUCGUAUCCUUUCUCGUAUCGAGCAUCUGAAGCGUGGGCAGGGCGAUAGCAUUGAUGUCACAGAUGGGUUAGCACUUAGCGAACUGCAAUCUUUCAAAGAAUUUGAAAACAAUGGUGGCAAUUUGCUACCAAGGCUUCUUGAUGGUUACAUGAAGGAGAGUAUGCAAGGGAGAUCUAAUGUUGGUCCUUCUAAUCUGAUGGAAGAGACGCCUCCUCUUGGAGCAGUUCUAAAUUCCACAAGCCCCGCUCGUUUCUCGUGGCUUCAAAAAUGCAAGUCAAUAUUCAAGUUGUCUCCUGGGAAAAGACUCGAUGAACAAGUAACAAACCAAGAGAAGUCUCCUUCUGAUGUGGAGGCCGAUGCUGAUCAGAUAUUGGAAAAUGAUUCUGGAGGUUUAGUUUCGGGUGGUGCCAACUACGACGAGCCAGAAAUCUCUGUUGGAAUACAAAUAAGUCAGGCUGUUGACUUCCAUAGAAGGGCAGCAUCUCCUGAGAGCAUUGGGAGAGGGGACGAAGAAGAAACGGUAGUGACACCUUCUGCUGCUGACGGCACACAGAGCGACAUGCUCGAGAUGCAGGAGGGGCCAUCUGCUUCAGCUGAGAUCUCCCAUCCUUCAGCAGCAGCUGGCGGUAGAGCACGAAAGAAGCCGAGGAGAGGUGCGCCGAAACUCACAAGACGAACCCGAUCUGUGAAGGAUGUGGUUAAGGAGUCCAAGGCAAUCCUUGGAGAGUCUUCUGAGGAGCUGAAAACGGAAGAAGAAGAGGAAUCUGCACAGGCCAAUGUGGAUAGCAAGGGGCAGCCAAUUGUUAAGAAGGGUGGGAGGAAAAGGCAGCACCCUACCACCUCCAGAACCAUGAGUGAGCAGCAGCAGGAUGCUGAUUCUCAGUCAGAGAGUGUCACGAGGGGACGCUCAAAAAGGCGGCAGAUAGAGCCUUCUCACAUUCAACCUCCUGGAGGACGACGUUACAAUCUAAGACAUUCUACCUUAGAAAAGCAUGUUGAAAAUCCGGUCGGCUCCCAAGCCUUGGCUUCUAAGGUUACUACUGAUGCUGAUGAGAAUCACAGUCAACAUGUGACUAAAUCACCAGGGGAGGUGGUAGAAGGGCAAACCUCUAACCACAUACAUCCUGAUGAACCGUCCAUAGAAUCCUUGGAGAAUGCCCAUGGAGGUGGGGAAGCUAAGACAGAUGUGCGCAUGCUGCAGCAUACAAAAUUCGAAAGCAUUGUUGAAAUUCAUCGAGAGUUCUCGACACAAAAAGUCAUCAUGAUUGAAACGGGUGGAGCCUUAGAAGAGACUGAUGUCAAUGAUCCGGGUCCAAACUCGAGUGAACAAGAACCACAAGCAAAUCAAGGAGCGAAUGACCUAUUAGAAUAUGAUGAGGAUGGUGGUGGCUCUGGGAGCAGAGGUGGUGAGGAUGAUGAUGGUAAUGAUGAUGAUGAUGAUGGCUAUGUGAAUGAUGAGAACCAGGAGGCAUCCAUUGGGAAGAAGCUGUGGACCUUCUUCACCACGUAAAUGUGGAUUUUCUUUUGUACCAGAUAGAGAGGCAGGCGGCAUCUUGACUGCAUCUUUUUAAACUGCUGUUAAGAGCUCAUUAAGUGGAAUUAUUGUUUAUUGUUGUUUCGAAGAUGUUUAAAUCUAGUCUGGUUGAUUAGGUAGGCCUUUUUUAUUGUUUGUGAAUUGUAGUAAUAUGUGUAAUCCUCUCUUCAUUGUAUCAACUCAAAUUCUCGCUGCAUUUUGUCCCACAUUGUGUUCGAGGUGUGGACAUCCAAUUGCCGUUAAUUUCUCCUAUGAAUGCUGAUGAUUGACUUCUCUAGUUUUCCAAUAUUUUCUGUCUGAAUGUUUGGAGAGAUUGAGAAUUUAGGAAUACAACAGCUGUUCGCUUAA